ACAGAAAAAACAAAACAAUUUUUUUUCAAAAGCACCAUUGAUCAGUCUAUAAAUUAUCAAAAACACCUUCCGCUUUUAGUUCAAAGUUACCAUAGAGACAUUGAAAAUGGCUACAGCUUUGUUUUUGAUUAUGCUUUCAUAUAUUUUGCAUCCUCAUUUGGAGGUUCUCGCAUUGGCCACUUCAUCUGAUCACGAUUUUAGUUACAUGAAAUCUGUACAAAAUGCUACCGAUCUACCAUUAGAAGAGUCAUACGACUAUAUAAUAGUGGGAGGAGGCACAGCAGGGUGCCCAUUGGCUGCAACUUUAUCAGAAAAAUACUCUGUUCUUGUCCUUGAAAGAGGCAGUGCCCCAGUUUCAUACCCAAAUGUGUUAAGCGCAAAUGGCUUAUUAGCUAAUCUAUUGCAGGAAGACGAUGGAAAGACACCAGCUCAGCGGUUCACUUCAGAAGAUGGAGUUCCAAAUGCAAGAGGAAGGAUCCUCGGCGGUAGUAGCAUGAUCAAUGUGGGAUUUUUCUCCAGAGCGGAUGACCAAUUCUACAAUGAAUCAGGCAUUGACUGGGACAUGGAUUUGGUCGAGAAGUCAUACCAGUGGGUGGAAGACACUAUUGUGUUCCGCUCCAAUUUGUCUGCUUUUCAAUCUAUUUUCAGAAAAGCUUUGCUUCAAGCUGGAGUUGGUCCUGACAAUGGAUUCAGCCUUAAACACUUGGUAGGAACCAAAACUUCGGGUUCUACCUUCGAUAACCAAGGAAGGAGACAUGGAGCUGUGGAGCUUCUCAACAGAGCAGUACUGAAGAAUCUGAGAGUUGCAGUUGAGGCCUAUGUGGAAAGAAUCAUCUUCAGCUCUUCCAAUAAUGCAUCACGUUUGUCUGCAAGUGGAGUCAUAUAUACUGAUUCGAAAGGGAAGACUCAUCGGGCAUUAAUAAGAGAAAAGGGAGAGGUGAUACUGAGUGCAGGGGCAAUUGGGAGUCCUCAACUUCUCCUUCUCAGUGGAAUUGGUCCAGUUCAUCAUCUUUCUUCUCUGCAUAUUCCAAUUGUUCACUCAAAUCCUGAUGUAGGAAAUUUCAUGGCUGACAAUCCUCGUAAUAACAUCAACAUUGUAGCCCCAUAUGCAUUGGACCCAUCAGUUGUACAGGUUGUAGGAAUUACCAGUGAGUUCAAUAUUAUAGAGGCCAUCUCCUACCCUUUGCCAUUUUCAUUUCCUCAACCUUUUGGCCUCUUUCCAAAGUCCACUUCUCCUUUACAAUUGACUGUGGCAACCAUUGUCGAGAAGUUCACGGGACCUCAGUCGACCGGUUCCCUUCGGUUGCUGUCAUCGGCCAAGGUGAAAGUUAGCCCGGCUGUGAGGUUCAACUACUUUUCUGAAACGGUGGACCUUGCUCGUUGUGUUAAAGGAAUGAGGAAGGUUGGUGAUUUGCUGGAGACAGUGUCCUUGGAAGAACUAAAGUUUGAAGAUUUGGAGGGUGCAGAAGGUUUCAAGUUUUUAGGACCAUCUUUGCCAAAGAACCAAUCUGAUGAUGCAUCAAUGGGGACAUUUUGUCGAAGCACGGUGACAACGUUUUGGCAUUACCACGGUGGUUGCUUGGUGGGAAAGGUGGUGGAUGGUGAUUACAGGGUCAAAGGGACAAAUUCACUCCGUGUGGUUGAUGGAUCCACAUUCAAUGCCUCACCAGGGACCAAUCCUCAAGCCACCCUUAUGAUGAUAGGCCGGUAUAUUGGGCUUAAGAUUCUGCAGCAACGAAGAGCAGCAAAAUAGAUAUGUAAAAUAUUGUGAUCAGGAAUAACAAACUUGUAAAACGACCACUUCCAUGUGUGAUGAGUAUGUUCAAUAAGUCAUGGUGGUGGUUGAGCAUAUGUAUUAUAAAUCUUUGUUGUAUCUACAUUUAAUUAAUAUAUAAGACUUGUGCUCUGUUU